AUGAUAUGCUGUACACAACAAUGCAAAUUACAGAAAGUUUUUAUUUUGUGUUUUGUUACUAAGCGACUUCUAAGCAUAUUUCAGGUAAAGUAUAAAGCCAAAAAUGCAUAUUUUUUUAAGAGACGAGAGAAAAAUCUAUAA